GUUUGACAUAUUACUUGCAAAAAUAUGAAAUAAUGAUGAAAAAUUAGUAGGUAGGUUACGGGUAAAGAAAAUUUGUUGUUCCUGAAUUUUAUUGUCGGCGAAUUUGUUUCCAAUAAAGUAGUGCAGUGCUGUAAAAGUGCACUACAUCGAAGAAAAUGUCAUUUGUCUAUUUGGGAGUGCAUUUACCGUUUAAAUCAUACCGAAAAAUAAAGCUGGACAACUUUGAAAUUGAAAGCAAAACUGAACAGCUGCGUCAAGAAGCUGGUAAAGCAAUUAAUGAUUUUCCAGCUGAGGAAUUUGAUUUUAUUUAUUGCGGUGAUAUACUGAGUGAUGGGGACGUGCUAAAGGAUAAAGGCGUACGAAAUGGGUCAGUGAUUCAGCUGAUUCAGAAGAAAAAAGAAUGCUCUUCGUUACCAGAAGUGCAUAGUUUUACUGAAGCGGACGUGCAGGAAAUUCUCGGUAUUUGGAAAACUGUAGAUUCAUCGAACUUUCAGAAAGUUCGCCAUCCGGAGUUUAUGAAAAACGUACUUGAUGCUAAUCCAGCAAUACGGAAGGAUUUGUGGGCUUUAUCCAUUUUGAAAGAUCCGAUCCUAUUAUCGUCAAUGCAACAACCAGAAACAAUUCGUCGUGUUGCCGAAAAACAUCAUAUCCUCAUCGAUGCAUCCCGCUCAAUUGUACAACUACUUAAUUCAAAAAUGAUAUCAAAAUCUACAACAUUCUCACCCACAAUUGAAAGUGCAAUAGAUGAUGCUUUAUCCGAUUCAUCGUCUAGUGACGACAAUACUUCUCCGACUACAUCCACUGGUGUUCGUUCUGCUCGACGCAUCACUGCUGAUCAAUUAGCUUCCGCUUUGGUUUUUGCCGGGUCUUCCUAUAAUUCAUUGUCCAGUAUCUCGCAACGAGACGCAGAUAACCGAGAAAGUGCUGACCAAACGAAUCAACCAUCCACGUCCGGCAGCAACAACACUUCGAACCGUAUUACACCGUCAAUGUUCAUGAACGCUUUAUCCGAGGUGAUCCAAUCACAACGGCGUACCAACGAGCCAACAGAACCAAUGGAUACUUCGCCUCCUCCCGUGGCGUCUUCUGCACCAGCUGAAGCUGUAUCGGACAACGAUAUGGGGUCGCAGACACAAUCGCAGCAUUCAACAAUGGAAGCUAGUCUUAAUCAAUAUAGAGCUGAGCUGGAGCAAAUGAGAGAGAUGGGUCUUACCGAUACUGAGACUAACAUUCAAGCACUAAUUGUGUGCAACGGAAAUGUGGAAGCAGCAGUCAAUCUUGUGUUCAGUGGAAUGACGUAUUGAGUUGGUUGACCAGAUAUUUGUAAAAACAUUUUCGAUUGUACAACAAGUGAACUGUAUGAGCGUAUAUUCAAUGAAACAAUAAAACUUUUUUAGUAAGAGUUUUCUGAGAUUC